AUGGCACAUCUCCAGAUUUAUCAUCAGCACCCCCUGCAGUUGGAGCCGGCUCUAUUCCAGCGGCGUGUCCUGGAGGAGCAGGUGGAGCUGUGGUGGUUUAGACAGCCCUGGCAGUCCCUGCUCUGUUACUGUGCCUCAGUGGCUUUGAUCCUGGGGCUGGGCUUUGGAGGAGUAGGGCUUUUGUCCACCACCUCUGGCCUAUCGGGGGAGUGGCGCCUGGCUGUGGGCACUGCGCUGUGCCUCCUGUCCCUGGUGGUCCUGCUUAAGCAGCUGCUCAGCUCUGCCAUUCAGGACAUGAACUGUGUGCGCAGCCGGCGGCGUAUCGACCAGCUGAGGAGUGGGGGCCGGGCAGACCCUGCUCUGUUCCUGGUUGUGGGCAGCACAGUGUGUGUGUGUGGGACGGUGCUGCUCUGUGUGGGCUCAAUGCAUGGAGAGAGGGCCAGGAGAGACAUGCUGUUGUGUGGAGCGGGGAUGUUGUCUGCCGGAGCCGCCCUCACUCUGGCUGUGGGACUCUACUGUAUACUUGGGCUGUUUAAGAGGCCUCAGACGACUCACAGGGCCCACAGAGUCCAGAGGCUGAGCGGACAAACUGUUCAAGUGUUCAGUGUUUCUGGCCGGGACGUGUCCUCCAGCAGGACCAGCCUCAUCUAA